GAUAUCACGCUCAUUCCAUUUCCCUCCACUCUCAAACUCUCACCGGAGCCGCCACCACAAUCUCCGGCCGCCGUCGAUGCUCCCAAAUCGCAGUGAGUGAAAGCGAGUUGAUGGCUGAUUCAGACAACGAGUCAGGAGGAGCCCCGAACGCCGGUAACAGCGAGCUAUCACCUCGCGAGCAAGACCGAUUCCUACCGAUAGCGAACGUGAGUAGAAUCAUGAAGAAAGCGUUACCUGCAAACGCGAAGAUCUCGAAAGACGCGAAAGAAACCGUUCAAGAAUGCGUCUCGGAGUUCAUAAGCUUCAUCACCGGCGAAGCCUCCGAUAAGUGUCAGCGAGAGAAACGGAAGACGAUCAACGGCGACGAUCUGCUCUGGGCGAUGACUACGUUAGGGUUCGAAGAGUACGUUGAACCGUUGAAGAUUUAUCUUCAACGAUUCAGAGAGAUCGAAGGUGAGAAAACCGUUGCGGCACGUGACAAGGACGUGGCUCCCUCUUCUUCUUCAUCUUCGGUUUUCGAAUAUGGUGCUCCUCAAAUGAUCAUGCAGCAUCAGCAUCAUCAUCAGCAACAGCAGCAUCAGGGACACGUGUACGGUUCUGGUAGUUACCAUCAGGUGCCUGGUGGGGCCGGUUAUCCUGGUGCUGGAUCUAAUGCGGGUAGACCCAGGUAGAUAUGGUGUGGACGCGCGUGUUAGUGUUGUUAAUUUGUAAUUUAAAAAUGUUGAAGAGUCUUGGACUCAUAAUUAAUGUUAAUUAUUUUAUUAGUGAUUGGCAGACACACUAUGAAGCCGAAAGUGGGUUAGUAGUGUAUUUGCAAAUGUUGUUAUUGUUGUACAUUAUUAUAAAUUAAUAGUGCUUUCUUUGCUUUUUUGUAUUA